CGCUGUUUGCGUGCCCCGCGGGUAUAUUAAAAGAUUAGAGGUCGCAAAAUUUCCAGUGUUGAGGUGGGGCAUUAAAUAUCGUCGAAUUUUUCUGAAACCGUUUUAUUUGAACUACAUGUGAACACAUCUUACAGUCGCAUCAAAUUUGUUGAGGCACCAGUGCUACAGCUUCAUAUUCAUCGGUGCUCGUCUGCUUGUCUCCCGGUGUCGCACUGCAGCAAUCACCAUGAGUGCCAAGGCCAGCAACGACGUCUUCGUCCUGGGGGUUGGAAUGACAAAGUUCGAAAAACCAGGCCGUCGAGAGAACUUUGACUAUCCAGAGAUGGCGUCGGAGGCGGUGACCAAGGCUCUGGCGGACGCGAGCGUCGAGUACACGGCCGUACAGCAGGCCUGCGUCGGAUAUGUCUACGGUGACUCCACCUGCGGCCAGCGGGCGCUCUACCCGGUGGGCAUGACCGGCGUUCCCGUCAUCAACGUCAACAACAACUGCUCGACGGGCUCGAGCGCGCUGUUCCUGGCCUAUCAGCUGGUGCGCGGCGGCCAGGUGCACUGCGCGCUUGCGCUGGGCUUCGAGAAAAUGCAGCGUGGAUCCCUCACCUCGCAGUUCACGGACCGCACUAACCCGAUGGACCGGCACGUGGAGAUGAUGUGUGAGGUGGCGGAGCUGGAGGCGGCCCCCAUGGCUGCCCAGAUGUUCGGCAACGCCGGCCGGGAGCACAUGCAGAAGUACGGCACCACGGCCGAGCAGCUCGCCAAGAUCGCCUGGAAGAACCACAAACACUCCGUGGACAACCCGUACUCCCAGUUCCGGGACGAGUACAGCCUGGAGCAGAUCCUGGCGUCGCCGACCGUGUUCGAGCCGCUGACCAAGCUGCAGUGCUGCCCCACCUCGGACGGCGCCGCCGCCGCCAUUGUCGUGUCGCGCCACUUCCUGGAGCGCUGCGCCGGCGCCGGCGCGCGCGCCCGUGCCGUGCGCAUCCUCGGCAUGCAGAUGACCACCGACCCGCCCAGCUCGCUCACAGAGAAGAGCUGUAUCAAAAUGGUGGGGUUCGACAUGGCGCGGCUGGCGGCGCAGCGGCUGUUCGCCGAGACCGGUCUGAGCCCGGCCGACGUCCAGGUGGUGGAGCUGCACGACUGCUUCUCCGCCAACGAGCUCAUCACCUACGAGGCGCUCGGCCUGUGCCCGGAGGGCGGCGCCGGCCGCAUGAUCGACGCCGGCGACAACACAUACGGCGGCCGGUACGUGGUGAACCCAAGCGGCGGCCUCAUCUCCAAGGGUCACCCGCUGGGCGCCACCGGACUGGCUCAGUGCGCCGAGCUCUGCUGGCAGGUGCGCGGGGAGGCGGAGCGGCGCCAGGUGGCCGGCGCCAGGGUCGGCCUGCAGCACAACAUCGGCCUCGGCGGCGCCGCCGUCGUCGCCCUCUACCGACUGGAGGCGGACGCCCGGCGUUCGGUCGCAUGCGUUCCCAGUGAAGGAAGCAGGAUGCCACCCGCUCCAACGGCCCGCAAAGACGGCACAGGUCUCAAGUCGACAGCCCUGUUUCAAAAGCUGCAGGGCCUCAUCGAACUAGACGGAAAGUCGCUGACAGAGAAGAUCAACGGCUUGCUGGAGUUCCGUGUGACCGGCGACGGCGGCGUGUCGGCGCGCUGGACCGUGGACCUGAAGACGGCCCAGCCCGGCGUGUUCCCCAACAGCCCGCUGCGGCCGGACCUGGUGCUGGAGCUGGACGACGACGCGCUGGUGCGCCUGUUCUCGGGCCUGCUGGACGCCGAGCAGGCGUACCGGCAGGGCCGGCUCCGGUACGAGGGCGACGCCGGCCUCGCCUUCAAGCUGCGCAACCUCACGGAGAGCCUGCGCCAGUACCGGGCCAAGCUGUAAGCCGGCUGGCCGCCGGUCGGCCGGUCCCCGGGGCGCGCCGGCCGGCCGACGCCGAUGUUUUAUUCACAGGGAAAGUGGUGCUGGUGAUUUGCAUGGCACGAGGUGCGCUGUGCGCCGCCUGCGCCGCCGGGAGGACGCGCGCCGCGGAACGGUCCGGCUGCGGCCGGUCGGGCCGGGGCGCGUGUGUCGUCACGCGGCUGGCGCUGGCGGUCGGACUGGCCACCUGGUGCCGGCUGUCAGGGGCACGGCCCCGGGUGCAGGGCAGGCGAUGUCGUCCACUGCAGCCGCCGGGGGCUGCAGUGCGCCGCUGCGGAAGCCGUGGUCGGGAGAUAUAUCGCUCAGAGAGUAUGGGAGGGCCAAUGUUGUGAUAUGCACGUGAGGUGAUUAGGAAGCUGGGUUUGCGCGACGUUGUUAAGCCCUGUGGAUUGUGCGGGGAAUUGGAUGCGCAACUAAUUGUAUAUCCGCGCUGUAACGCCCCGCAGAGUUCGUGCAAUCCUUGGUGGACAGUGAGAAAGUGAUUGGGUGCACAGUGCUGUGCACAUUGAGUCAUAGUUUGCGUUGUUACUGCUCUAGUGGGCUGGUGGAAUCCGUGUCAAGCAGCUUAUAGGACCAAGCAUAUGUGAUGCACUGUCUGUAAACCUGGCUCUGUAACCUGCAAGCAAACAAUGCAAAUUUGACAUCUGCAGAGUGGUCUUCAAGCAUUUGUAUAUGCUCAGCCAGGCUGCCUGCAUUAUUUUACCAGCGCCCCAGCUGGAUCAGUGCCUUUGAUAUGAUAAUUGUGCCUAUUGACAUGAGCUAUGCAAUGGUAGCAGUUACGGGGACCCGGUACAAAUAAGAUGGAUGGGGUUCAAAGACUCGUCACUGGCGCCAUCACACACCUUUGCUGCGAAUGUCUCAACUAGGACAAUACAUGUUUUACAGUG